AUGAGAGAAGCUAUUUCUUUCGGGGAGCUGCCCAUUGAGAUAGCAUCUUACAUCUGCACCUUUCUUCAGCAACAGGAAGUUUCAAAACUUUCAGCUACUUCCAAAGCCACCUACCAGCUCUUCCGCCCAAUACUCUACCGGCAUCCCAAUGUCUCAUCUUCCACGUCCCUCACGCUUCUUUCUCGAACCUUUACCAGAGCAACAUACAUGGGAAAGGCAGAUCACAAGUGGUCAACCCAAGAGUGCCUGGAUCAAACAAAGACCUUGGAUCUUACAAUCGACCAGAUUAAAGAUAGUGCCAGAAACAAUGACCAGCCUCCAGCGGCCAUCUUGGUCUCGCGUUACAUCCAAGCUAUCGUUCGGCGAUGUCCCAACUUAGCAAUCACCCUUCGCUUUGCACAUUGUCAAUGCAAAUCCACACCCGUCUCAGGUCUUGACAGUGAAACGUUCCCUCGAGUUACCAAGCUCAUCCUCUAUGUUGGACGACACGACCCACAGGAAACCCAUGGCCGCGCUCAUACAAGUUGCGUACCGAACGCCAAAUUCUGGCGUCCUUUGGUCAACGGCGUUUCAUUCCCAGACUGUUUGAAUCUCGAAAUACGUCACUACUGGGCAACCAGUCCACCUAUGCAUGCAAGUCUCGACUUGCAGAAGCGCUACACUAACGUCUCGACCAAUUACGGCAGCUAUAAUAUGCGCAAUCCUCGUGGAAUUGCUGGCGGCAGACUUAACAGUAACUUCGUGGACACUCCAUUGAGAGCAGAUCAGAUAGUAGGCCCAACUAAAGGUCUGAAAAGGUUCGAGAGCAUUGUGCUUGAAUGUCCCCCCGAGCUUGACUCUCCACUGCUCAUGCAAUUGCUUGGUAAUCCAGAUUCGGUGGCUGUGAACUUGGCAAAGCUUGAGCUCCGGUUCUGCAAUCUUGAUUACGAAACAAUCUCAAAGUUGCUUUACCAUGCACCGCCCAAUCUGAAGCAUCUUGUACUUCUCUGUUGGGACGAUGAUCGAGAUUACCACGGCUACGACGCUACAGAAUGUCCGCACUUGUGCCCGUUGAUUAGAGACUUCAGUAAGAAGCUUGUCCAUCUGGAAUAUGCUGCUCCUACAGUCUGUCGUGAGCUUUUCUUUGAUGAUCUCGAGAUAGGAAGCUUGAGACAUAAUGGUAUCACGACUGGCCUUGGAACGGAGGGGGGCGCAAUCGAAGGUCAUGAAAAACUCGAUACCCACGCAAUUGGGGAGACUGUGCAAGCUUGUCGUAGACAGAAGAGAUCGAAACACCGCACUGGCCGCAUCAAGGAAGCUAUUGCGACGGCCAAGGCGCAGAGCGGAGGAACAACGACGUCAUCUCUUUUUGGCGGGGGUACCAAUGCAAAUCUUGGUGCUGCUCGAGCCCGAAGAGAAGCCGAAGUAUUGCUCGACGAGGAGGACGAGCAACGGGCCCGUUUGAUUCAAGGGUCCAAGACACCCUGGUUCAGAAGAAUAAUAACGUGGCACGGUCUCUGUCAGCCGAACGAUACAUGGGAAGAAGUUCAGCUUGCCGCAGAUAUGGAGGAAACGGGCGUCGAAUGGGUCGUUGCGAAUAAGGACCUUGGAGUCGCAAGCCAGCAUUCCCAUGGCAAACUUCCCAUUACCUUAGAGAUUGGCAGGGCUUUCGAAGAGAAAUUCGACUUUGAGCCCGGUCAGUUCUUCGGGACCCAGGCUUCAUGCGAGGAAUCCGACCCAGAGCCGGACCCAUUUGAUGAGCUCUAA